CAUCUUUAGAUGGAAAUGUAAUGGGAGGGGGAAAAAACAUUUGAAUGUGCAAAUGAGAGAAAAACGCGUGGUGGUAGUCGAUCAGAAGCGCCAGCACAACAUCGGUUUGCGAUAAUCGAGCGGGUUUCAAGAGCGAGAUCACUAGCAGGAGGAGCUAAGAGAAACCGUCCGGCGACAUUGAGGGACUAAAUGAUAAUUAAGCCAUCGUGGAAAGUGAACAGUGAGCUGACACUUACUAUUUGGACAUUUUCGCACGUAGGAGGUCUCGAUGUUGAACUGCAAAUAUGGCGUAAGCUGUUUUUCUGAGCCCUUUGUCGUCCAAUCAGAUUGCACAGGGACAAAAGUGGCACGUUGCGUUCAAAUGUCUAGGAAUUGCGAAUACUGUUUUUAUUUUGUUUUGACAGAAUAAACACUACGUUGAAGAACAGGUGACAAGUGAUGAAACUUCCCAUCAUUACGUUGUUAUAAUAGUAGCAUUUGCACGAAACUGAUCGACACUGCAGCAUUUAAGUGCGUUGUAUCAUGUACUUUAAUAAAACGUGAAAAUACUUAGAUGCCGCCUUAUGUGUAUCCUCAGUAGUAACAAGAAAUACCGGUAUAUUGUAAGAGGGAGUUGUGAAUACAGUACAUACUCUGUCUUUUUUUAAUGCGAGCUAUCAUUCCGUUAUACCAACGUUCGCCUGUGGGGGCAGUGUUACCUUUUACUGCCUCCAAAAAACAAAGAAGUCCGCUUCGUGUGUCACAUCAGUAUCAAGCGGGAAGCAGGUUAGCAAUAACAAGCGGGCUAGCUAAAUAAGCAAAAGGGAUAGCAGGCUGGCUAAAUAAAACGCCGCCCAGGACUUCAAGAUGCCUCGAGAAAUCAUAACGCUACAACUUGGACAGUGCGGGAACCAAAUCGGCUUUGAGUUUUGGAAGCAGCUAUGUGCAGAGCAUGGCAUCAGUCCAGAGGGCAUCGUAGAGGAGUUUGCCACCGAAGGGACCGACAGGAAGGAUGUUUUCUUCUAUCAGGCCGAUGACGAGCACUACAUCCCCCGCGCAGUCCUCCUGGAUCUGGAGCCUCGAGUGAUCCACUCCAUCCUCAAUUCUCCUUACGCCAACCUAUACAACCCAGAGAAUAUCUACCUGUCUGAGCAUGGCGGAGGGGCCGGGAACAACUGGGCCAGCGGGUACUCGCAGGGUAAAAAAAUCCAAGAGGACAUUUUUGACAUCAUUGACCGCGAGGCAGAUGGGAGCGACAGUCUGGAGGGAUUUGUCCUGUGUCAUUCCAUUGCUGGGGGGACAGGCUCCGGUCUGGGGUCGUACCUGCUGGAGAGGCUAAAUGACAGGUACCCGAAGAAGCUGGUGCAGACCUACUCGGUCUUCCCCAACCAGGAUGAAAUGAGCGAUGUGGUGGUGCAGCCGUACAACUCGCUGCUGACCCUCAAGAGGCUCACGCAGAAUGCCGACUGCGUGGUGGUGCUGGACAACACGGCGCUGAAUCGCAUCGCCACAGACCGGCUGCACAUCCAGAACCCGUCCUUCUCACAAAUCAACCAGCUGGUGUCCACCAUCAUGUCGGCGAGCACCACCACCCUGCGCUACCCGGGCUACAUGAACAACGACCUCAUCGGCCUCAUCGCCUCGCUCAUCCCCACGCCGCGCCUCCACUUUUUGAUGACGGGCUACACGCCGCUCACCACCGACCAGUCGGUGGCCAGCGUGAGGAAGACCACCGUGCUGGACGUGAUGAGGAGGCUCCUGCAGCCCAAGAACGUGAUGGUGUCCACGGGCAGAGAGCGCCAGCCCAGCCACUGUUACAUCGCCAUCCUCAACAUCAUCCAGGGAGAGGUUGACCCCACUCAGGUGCACAAAAGCCUCCAGAGGAUCCGGGAGCGUAAACUGGCCAGUUUCAUCCCUUGGGGUCCUGCCAGCAUCCAGGUGGCGCUGUCCAGGAAGUCGCCGUACCUGCCCUCCGCCCAUCGCGUCAGCGGCCUGAUGAUGGCCAACCACACCAGCAUCUCCUCCCUGUUCGAGCGGACGUGCCGGCAGUACGACAAGCUACGCAAGCGCGAGGCCUUCCUGGAGCAGUUCCGCAAGGAGGAUAUCUUCCAGGACAACUUCGACGAGCUGGACAACUCGCGCGAGGUGGUGCAGCAGUUGGUGGAUGAGUACAGCGCCGCCACGAGGCCCGACUACAUCUCCUGGGGAACGCAGGAGCAGUGAACGAAACGAACACAACAGAUGAAAUGACUCCAUUUAAGUGUUCCAUUCUGUCUUUUCCAGCACUGACGGACUGACUGAUUGCCUUCUUUUUUUGCCCUUACUUUCAUGCUUUGCGCUUCCCAGUAAACCGUCCCGCGAAGCCUGGCCUUGACGCAAUGCAUGUUGGGUAAUCACAAUCAGAGGCAGCAUCUGGUUACGUGCUAGAAAGUGUCAUUUUAAAAGAUCAAAUCAGGUUCUGCACUGGAAAAAAACUAAAUACACUUCAUGGACAUUUCCACGCAUUGAAAGAUGAUGACGAUGCUUUCUUUUUGACUUCUGCUGUCAGAAAAGUCGUUCACGUCAUUUAGCUAAUGUUUACCAGAGCGAGAGGUUGUGAAAUGUUUCCUGUUACGUUGCUUGUUGGGCCUAUUUAAGAAAAAUACAUUUUUGAUGAAAUUGUGUUUUUUGUAAUGAAUUAACAAAGUGUAAUACCAGAAA